AUGCUGUUUUCUAUUGGACGCACCGCCAUCGGACGCCUGGCCGCGACGGCGUCUGCUACGACAUUCCGUCGUGUGGUGGCCUCUGGUGCUCUAGCUCAGAAGAAGCUCGGUAUCUCACCAUUGGGUGACGGAGUCCUCGUUCGAGGCUUCGCCGCCGCCACCACGCGGACCAAAGCAGCUCCCAAGGCCAAGGCAAAGGCCGCUACGGCCAAGAAGACAACGGCCGCCAAGAAGAAGGCGACGGCCACCAAGAAGAAGGCGACAGGCACCAAGAAGGCAACGGUUAAGGGCGCAAGGAAGAAGACCGCAGCUCGCAAGACACGCAAGACAGCGAAAUCAACCCGAGGCAGAGCUAAAGGCAGAGCUAAAGCUACCAAGGCUAAGCCUCGCAGGCGAAAGGCAUUGACCGAUGAGCAGAAGGCGGUUCUGGAGAGAAAGACACUCAAGGAGGCAGCUCUCACCAGCGAACCGAAGAUUGCCGCCGAGAGUGGAUGGAGCCAGUUCGUUACCGAGCAGACCAAGGGCAAGCCCGAAACUGCGACCGACCUUCGAGCCAAGAUGGGGGAACUCUCAGCCGCCUUUAAGCAACUUCCAGACUCGGAAACUCAGCGACUCCAAGCUAUAGUUGAGCAGAACAAAGCUGCCAACCGAGCAGCAUACAAGAAAUGGGUCAAUUCCUUCACUCCCGCACAGAUUCACGAUGCCAACAAGGCUCGUAAGCGGUUGAAGAGGAAGUAUGACAUCCCUAAGGGCUUCGCGAAGCUCAUUCACGAUGACCGGCAGCCCAAGAGGCCAGCCUCGAGCUUCGUCCUCUUCACCAAGGCCAGAUGGGCAAGUGGAGAUUAUGCCAACAAGCCCAUCACUGAGAGCGCCAAGCUCAUCGGCCAGGAGUGGAAGAACCUUUCUGCCGAGGAUCGUCGGGUUUACGAGGAUCCUGCAAAGAAAGAUUUGGACCGAUAUGAGAAAGAGGUCAAAUCGGUUCUGAAUCUCUCUGUGAAGCGGGCGGACACAGCAUCGUGA